AAGUGUUUACGUAUACGUAUACGUUGACAUUAAUAAUCUGUCAAAACCGUAAACACAUUAUUUUCAUAACGCAAUUUUGCGAUAGUUCCUAUUAGUUGAAAAAAAUUAAAUUUUUGUGUGCAAACUGAAACGCAAAAUGGUUUGGUGCGAUAUAUGCCAGCAGAAUAUUUCGGGAAACAUUUACAAGCACAAAAGAGUUGAGCACAGUUGGGAUCGAGGUGGUAUUAAAUUGAUUAAACAGGAAGAUAAAACUCUGAUCGAAGCUAUACAAAACGAAAAAACAUUCGUUGGACCUUCGCUGUUAUAUUUGAAACGUCUCGCAAAUUAUGCGGUAACACAAAAUUUUCAAGCCACAUUUUUUGGAGUCGACUCCAAGCAAUGCCAAGCAAUCCCAAUUUGAAGAUAAUUCUAAUGUCAGCAACGCUAAACAGCGAAAAAUUCAGUAGAUAUUUCAAUGGUUGUCCGAUUAUCGAUGUGCCUGGACGUACUUUUGAUGUUCAAACUAUGCAUCUCGAAGAAGUAUUAAUCAAAACAGAAUACAAAACGAGCAAAAUGGCCACAUAUUUGGAAGAGAAUCAAGUAUCGCAAAUUCGGCGUAUAAAAGAUGAAGACAUGCCGCGAUCAUAUCGCUUAAUGUGCGACAGUCGCCUGGAUUCUUAUAUUUUGCGAAAAGAUUGUGAAUCAUUUGAAAACGUUUUUUCUCUCAUUGAAGGCGACUACAUGCCGGCCAAUUAUGUUCAUCGUACAAAGCAACGCACCGUGUUGGGAAUUGCUGCGGAAAAUGGUUCACUGAAUAUGAUGUUAAAGCUUUUGGCUUUUGGUGAAAGUGCGACCUUUAAAGAUCCAUUUGGUAAAAGCGCAAUUGAUUAUGCGAAAGAGAAUAAACAAGAGGAAUGUUGUGAGGGUUGUGAGCUCUUAAUGUGUUAUGAACGUGUGACAUCCACCACAACAUGGAAAAAUUACGUGGAAAUUGGAAGAGCGUAUCGAUCAACACAAGGCACACAAAAUAUUAUUGAUCACAACUUACUUUUUCAUGUCAUUGAUCAUAUCCAUGAAAAUACGUCAAAAAAUGGCGCUAUUCUUGUAUUUUUGCCCAGCUACGACGAUAUAUGCGAACAACAUGAAAAGUUAGUAAGCGUACAUGGAUUACAGGAUUGGGGUUAUAAGAUUUUUGCGCUGCAUAGCGAACUAAAUGAUGAAAACAAUGAGGGUCAUGCUCAUGUCUUUGAUCGCAUGGAAAAUGGCGUUCGAAAAAUAAUAUUAUCUACAAAUAUUGCAGAAACAGCACUUACAAUAGAUGAUGUCGUCUACGUUAUUGAUGCCGGAAAAGCAAAACCGCUGUUUUAUGACGCGGAAACCAAAUCGACCAUUCUCGAAUUAAAGUCUAUUUCACAGGCAUGUGCAAAACAGCGCAGUGGCAGAGCUGGUCGCGUUCAAAACGGCUUCUGUUAUCGUUUGUAUUCAUUGGAACAAUACAAAAUGAUGCACAAAUAUAAGCCAGCAGAAAUUGUACGAGUGCCUAUAUUUAUCUAUAUGUUGGAUGUUGAUUUCUGUUAUGAAGAAAUCUUGUUUAAAGAGCUAGAAAACUUUGAACAACAUCAUUUAUCCGAAGAAGAAAACUAUGAUCUUGACUAUAUUCACGUCGAAAUUUGGGUUAAAAUUAAUGUUGUGGCAACAUUAUUGACCAGUUCAAGUUACAACAUACAGGCACAAAUUGACGUUGCAUUUGGCAAAGGUCAAGUCGUUGAGUUUCUGCUGAAUCCAACUUUAAGGCUACACAAGUUCAACACACUGGUAUGUAACAAACGUUUCUCGGCGUCACAUCAUAUCCAAAAUGAAGCAAGUGACAUCACGAAUACACAUGAUCAUCAGAUUUUAAACCCGGAUCCUGCAAAAAUCAAUUCUCCAUUGGCGACUGAAAAUAUUCGUCUUACCAGCAAAGUUGCACGUAGCAACGACAAUCGCGGUGCUCAAACUGCAUCAGAUAUCCAUUUGACUUCGGUGAUUGAUGAUACCGGCAACACAAAUCCUCAAAAUGGCGUGACCGCUACAGAAAUUGCUGAAGGAUAUAGUUCAACGCAACAGUACCUUGGUCUACUAUUUACUCUCGUUGACGAAUAUUAUAUCAUUUUUCAGAUUGAAAAAAAAAAUUGA